AUGAAUCCCAAGUCUUAUAAUACCCUUGUAACUGAGUACAAAGAUUAUAUAGACACUGUAGACUCAUUAUACCGUCUUGACACAAUAGAUGAAAACGAAAUUUCAGCAUUAUAUAAACAAAUAAAAGCAAAUUUGAUUGAAACGAAGAUACUUACGCCAGAAGGAGUGCGACAAAUGAUUUCUAGAGCGUGCUUCAUUAACAGUAGAUCAUUAAAAGGAUAUUUACAAUUAGGAAUGAUUGUUAGAAACGAAUAUCACACAAAGGAUGUAACGCAUAUACCGAAAUUCUUUGAUUACUUCACAAAUAAAGAAUACGGAGUCAUUUUUAAUGAAAGAAAUAAAAGAAAUUUGUAUAAGUUUCGAGAGAAGGAAAUUGUAAUGGCAAUAAUGAACGAUGACAAAGAUUCUUUGGUCAGGAUUACUGGAAAUCAAGAUUUCAAUCCAAAUGAAAAACAUGAUAUGAUCUUGAAUCCAAAUAUAAAAUAA